AUGGAGAAGGAGAAGAACCCAAGCCUCAACAUUAUCCCCGAGCCGACUUUGCGCGCGAUCGCCGAGCAUAUCAAGACAAAAGGAGUGAAGAAGAUUUUGGUCCUCACUGGAGCAGGCAUAUCGACGUCCGCUGGAAUACCAGACUUUCGGUCGCCUGGGACGGGAUUAUACGACAACUUGAAAAGGUACAACCUACCCUAUCCAGAAGCCAUCUUCGACAUCAAGUACUUCCGCCGAAAGCCCGAGCCCUUCUUCACUCUAGCCCGCGAACUCUAUCCGGGCUUCUUCCGACCGACCAUAUGCCACUAUUUCGUGCGAUUAUUGCAGGACAAGGAUGUAUUACUACGGAACUACACGCAGAACAUCGACACCCUGGAGCGGAUAGCAGGGAUCAAACCCGAUAAGCUCCUGGAAGCGCAUGGAUCGUUUGCAGAGGCGCAUUGCCGCGGGAAAGCUUCUUUCAGCCAGGAUGAAGUCAAACGCUGCGUGUUUGCGGGCGAGAUCCCGCGGUGCGAUGUCUGCGAUGGGCUGAUCAAACCGGACAUUGUGUUCUUUGGCGAGUCGCUGCCCGCGCGGUUCCACGACCUCAUACCUACCGAUUUCACCGAAUGCGAUCUGGCGAUCGUCAUCGGCACGUCGCUGCAGGUCGCGCCGUUCUCGAAUCUCAUCAACAUCCUACCGGAGACCGUGCCGCGGUUGCUCAUAAAUAGGGAAGUCGUCGGUGUUGAUCCGUUUUCGACGAGAUUAGGGUUCGAUUUCGUGGGCGACAGGCAUCAGUAUAGACGGGAUGCCGUGUUUUUGGGGUCGUGCGAUGAUGGAUGCGAGGAGUUGGCGGACCUGCUGGGCUGGGGUGAGGACUUGCGGAAGUUGAUGGAGGAGAAAGCGGACCUUGUGAAAGUGGAAAAGGUUGAAGAUGCGGAGCAUCUCUCGAAGGACCUUGCUGGCGCGAUUGCCGAAACGAUGGGUGGUGGGCCUGUUGCGGCGAAAGAAGAGGACAAUGUUGACGAGCUGGUGGAAGGCAUGCAGAAUCUUCUGAAGAAAGCGCAAAUGUAG